CCCCCGCGCCGGAGGGAGGGGGGGAGGCCGCGUUGACGCUCGGCCGCGCCUGCGCGCUGCGGGCUGUUGUUGUGGCGGCGCGGCCCGGCCGGUAGCGAUGAGCGACAACGAUGACAUCGAGGUGGAGAGCGACGAGGAGCAGCCGAGGUUCCAGUCCGCGGCUGACAAACGUGCCCAUCACAACGCGCUGGAGCGCAAGCGCAGGGACCACAUCAAGGACAGCUUCCACAGCCUGCGGGACUCCGUGCCCUCCCUGCAGGGAGAGAAGGCAUCCCGGGCCCAAAUCCUGGACAAAGCCACAGAGUACAUCCAGUACAUGCGCCGGAAAAACCACACGCACCAGCAGGACAUCGACGACCUCAAGCGCCAGAACGCGCUGCUGGAGCAGCAAGUGCGUGCGCUGGAGAAGGCCAGGUCGAGCGCUCAGCUUCAAGCCAACUACCCCUCGACGGACAACAGCCUCUACACCAACCCCAAGGGCAGCACCAUCUCCGCCUUCGACGGCGGAUCCGAUUCCAGCUCCGACUCGGAGCCCGAGGAGCCGCAGAGCAGGAAGAAGCUGCGCAUGGAGGCCAGUUAGGCCCCCCCCCGGGCCCCCCACUGCCCCUGGCCGCGUAAGGACUCUCUCCCUUCUCUCGUAGAGGCUCUUGGACUGCAGCUUCCCAGCCCUUCCCGGCCCUUUCCCCGCUCUAAACCGCACCGGCCCCGGGGGGAGCCGGCCAGGCAGGGCCCCGACAGACUUGGGGGGGGGGGGGCUCCAAGGAGACGGCCCCAUUGCCCCCCCCCAGCAACCAGCGAGCCCCUCACCCUUCUCCUUUCUGGUUUUAUAUGAGCAUUUCUAUUUAUACCCGGGGACCACAGCAGUCCUGAGCUGAAGGGUGAGGCUGUGCAGCCCCCCCUCCGUGUGUGUGUGUGUGUGUGUGUGUGUGUGUCCCCCAAAACGCCAGGCCCCACACAGGGGAGCUGCUCCUGCCCCCCAUCAGGCAAGCACUGGAGGGAAGGCGGGGGGGGGCGGGGGUCUCGCUAUUUAUUUGUGCAAUUCCAACUGCCCCCAAUGCCUGUGGGAGCUUUGGGGGGGGGAUACACACACGCCGCCUGCACCCCCUCUUUCCACAGCACAGAGCCAGGCUGGGUGCUCUCUGUGUGCAUCCUGUCCCCCUCCUUCCUUCCCUUUGUCACCCCCCCCAUAGCCCUUUCCCCACCUCUGUGGCAUUCUCUGAUCUCUAGUGUCCCCUCCCUGCCCCAUAGGUGCCCCCCCCGCCCCCCCCAGUCCCCGUUUUGAUGCCAAUUCAUUCCAUGGAUCUAAGGUAUGUUGUACAUACUGCCCAGAGUUGUCUUGCAAGUUGAGGCUUCCCUUUACUAUAAGACUAUAAAGAAUAAAAUGGGACAAAAAAACCCC